GCUAGGCAAAUUGGUCGAAUACCAAGCCCUUGGCAUCGUAUCGAUGGAAUUUAAGGGCCUGCGGCGCGCUUCUAUGGCGUCGGGCGACGCGACGACAUCUGCCGCAUCAGAUGGUAGCGCAGACUUGGCUGCAGCCGCUGAGGACGAGCUGCAGGGCAGCUCCGAGUUCCUGCCCGCCGGCGCAUGCCACGCUACAGAAGCGGCCAAGGCUGCGGCGCAAACUGUCAUCCAAGCGGUAUUGGUGUCGGUCCGGAACGGCGCGACGCCGGACGCAUCGGACGUCGCCGCCGCCGCCGCGGCCGCGGACGCCGCCGCCCUCGCACAACGAAAUGCCAACGCGAAACAGUUCGCCGAGCUCCUGAAAACCGUCAAGGCGAACCGCGACGACGACUUAGAAAUUGCGGCCGGCAUGGAGUGCGUCCUCAAGUGGCGGGCGGUGGUGGCGCUCACGCCCGAGGAACGAGCCCUGGCCAUGGCGGCGGCGCCGUCUGUCGACGGUGCGAAUCCGGCCGAGGCCAUCGAGGAUUUUGUGAGAAGGAAUAGUACGCUGGAUUUCGACGAUAUCAGGGCCAUGCCGCGACCGUUGCGGCGGCACCUGCUCGACGCGCGCGUCAAGGAGCUGGCGACGUACGCUGAUGAAGAUAAGAUCGAGGACACGGACCGGAGAAUGGUGGAAGCGGCGGCGUUCGCGGUGGAAAAAUGCCUGAAACAAACGGAGGGCCAGGUGUGCUACAUUUGUCUAGAUGAUGAAAGUGCGGAGGGCUUAGUAAGGGGCUGCGCCUGUAGGGGAGACAACGGCUUCGUGCACGUGUCGUGUCUCGCGCGGCAAGCACAUUUACAUUUCGGGGACAACCUCGCCAAGGGCAUGCAAUCAACAGAGAACGACAACGUGUUUGUCAGGUGGAAUAACUGCCGGCUGUGCGACCAGUCCUUCUACGGGCCCGUCGGCACGGCGAUCGCGUGGGCUUGUUUGGCGUCGUACUCGUCGCGCGCGCGCCACGACGGCGUACUUCUCAGUGCGAUGGGUCUCUUGGCGCGGUUCCUGGAUCUGGACAAGCGGCACGACGAGGCGCUGGCGAUUAGGGAAGGCGCGUGGGAGAUCGUCCGGCACUGGGAGGACGAGUCGAGCCGCAUCGUGGUCCGCGGCGACUUGGCGCAGUCCUACGAGGAGGUCGAUCGCUUCGCGGACGCGCUCGAGAUCUGGCGCGACCUCUACGCGCGGCAGAUGCAGCUCCGCGGCGCGUCGCACGAACGGACGCUCAUGUGCCACACGAAAGUCGCGUGGACGCUGAUCGAGGGCCUCGGCGGCUACGAGGAGGCCUCAAAAAUCAUGCGUGCGACGUUGGCCAUCGCUGCGCGAGUGCUGCCGCGGGAGGGCGGCAUCUUCCUCUCGUUCCGAAGCACGCUCGCCUACGGCCUCUACAAGAACCCUGGAGCGUCUCUGUUAGAUCUACUGGAGGCCGAGGCGACGUUCGACGAGCUGUGCGUCGUGUCGCGGCGCGUCUUCGGCGAGGAGCACCCCGUCGUCGUGAAGCGCCAGAACUGCCUGAAGGAGACGCGGGAGAAGCUCGCUGUAGCGCGUGGGGCGCCGAGAAGUGCGGUGGCGGCGAGCUACGCCUAUUAGCUGUGUUCUGUGUAAGUUUUUUGAUUGCUA